AAAUUAACAACGGCGUUGUAAACAAUUCGCGGCUCUUUUCCAGCGCCACGGCAGACGCCACUUUCAAACAAAUUUGUGAAUUCUGUGCAAGAUAAAAAUUGAGACAUAAAUACAAUUCAAAUGCACGUGGAUGACAAUGUCCUCCAGACAGACAAUGAGCCUGGAAUUGCGCGAGUCGCAAUUGGCCAAAUUGACAAAUGACUUGGAGGAGAUACGCAUGCGGGCCCUGGAGCAGGUCGAGACGCGCUUCAUUCGCUGCCUGUCGCUGGACGAGAAAAUCAGAGUGAAGCCAGUGUUUAUGCUUAAGCAGCUAAUACGAUGGUUUGGCUGCAAGCCGCUCCUGGCCGCCGACCGCGUGCUGGCCGUUCUGCUGGAAUUGCUGCGCUCCGAGUAUGCCGACGAAGUGGUGAAGAAGAUACCACACGAGCGGCUCUCGGCGGAGUUGGACAAGAUCAGGAAAAUUGUACGUUCCCAGGAGUCCCAGCGACCCAUGGAGCUUCUGGACGAUUUGCAGCUACUACUGCCCGAUAUAUACGACAUCCAUGUACCCCCCACACCGUCAUCAUCCUCCUCCAGCAAUCAAACUGAAUCAUCGAGUGAGACGGAGUGCAGGUUGCAGGAACAGCUGGAGGCGAGAUUCAACCCAGACGACUUUGAACCGGCUUGGACACAGCCGUGCAGGGAGGAUGUGCUCACCAUGAAGACGAUGAUCGACAUGGGAGACUCGGAGGACGAAAUGAACGAAAAGCUAAUCAGUUUGAUUAUCAAAAUGGAUGACUAUCCCAGCGAGUACUUCCUCCAGGCGCCACACAUUUUCCUCAAACUUGUAAUGAUUCAGCAAAGGGCAGACGCCAAUCUUCCCAAGGUGAAUCAUGUCCUUCUCAACUUUCUGCUGCAGCUGCAGAACAGCAUAAAGACGCGAACAGCCACACUUGCCUAUUACAGCAACUUGGACCCACCGGCGACGCGCCCCAAGCAGCUGCGUGUGGAGAGUGCUCUGUGCUUCCUGCUAAGCAGCUGCACCAAGCUGCUGCAGCCGCUUCUGCUUAGAUUUACCAGCCAAAAUUGGUUGAUCCUGGAACUGAUCAAAGAGGCUGUACGCACCUACGCCGCAAUGCGUGCGCCCAUCUCGUAUCUGUUCAUAGGUCGGCUAUCGGGUCUGGUCAAGGAGGCCCAAACAUUUUGCUACAGUGCAACAGGCAACGAUGUCGCAAAGCUUGUGGAUAAGCUGGCGGUGCCCCGUUUGCAUUCGCUCAUCUGCAAUGGCCUGCUGUAUGAUUCUGUUGAGUUGAAUGAAGCCAGUGACAAGUCAAUCAACGCAAAUGAAGCCAAACUACACUGUCAACUGCUCACGACGGACAUUGCCUAUUUGCUGUGCAUGCCACAGUGGGGUCUGUUACCGAUAAAUAGAAAUUUGGGUGGUAUUUCACCUCCCAAAACGGUGGAUACAUCGAUUGACCGGUUCCGCAAUGCUUAUACUUUGGCAGUCGAUUAUCUGAAGUCCACCGAAAAGCCGGCAGCAGAGGAGAUGAUCCUAGAUCAGAGCACCAUCUGCCUGGUUGUCGACCAGCUGGGCAGCAAGACUUUGGUGAAGCAGCUCUUUGAGGCUGUUGUGGAAUGCAAUCUGAUGUAUGACAAGAAUCCCAAAUUGCGUUUGGAGGCCGAGAUCUUGAUCCACAAUCUGAUGAACCUGCGCGACCGAGAGCUGCGUGGCUACUUCUAUAACCUCAUGCGGCAUCCCUGUGGCUUGUUCUUCCACGCAGUCGCGCAAAAGAGCGUCUAUCUGCGGGGCUGCAGUAACCAGAAGUUGAUUCGCCAGCGCAUCUUUGGCAUACCGCUAAACACGACGCUGCUGCGUCAGUUUGUGAUGCAGAGCUGGCUGGACGACGAACCCGAGGGGGUGCAAGCCUGGUGCCUGCAGUAUCUGGACUUGCUGAUCAACUUGUGCAGCAGCUUGAAUGGGAACGACUUUCUCGGAAUGUACGACUUUCUGCAACCCGUGAUGGUUCCCCUGAUGAUCUGCCGCUCCGUUACGUGCAGUUCCCUGCACAACAAAUUGUGGAAGCUGACCUGUCCGGAUGAAGGAGAAACGCUUCUGAGGCUGCGAGCUAACGUCUGCUAUCUGUUCCAUCCCGAUGCCCAGAUACGAAUUGAGGCUGCGAAUCGAAUCGCAUACAUGCUGCAGUGCGCGGAUAACCCCGGAAUAAUAACAAAAGUGCAGCCGAACAGAAUAGGCUUUGAUUUCGGUGUGGUUCGUCCCCCAUGGCCGUAUCAAAGUAUUUUUUCGGCCAGCAGCGAUCAACCCUUUCAGGGGGAGCGCAGUUUGGACGCCCUCACGCGGCUAUUGGAAAGCAAAGAUCUGAGGCCAGCCAUACGCAAGUCGACAUUGACCCAGCUAAAUGUUUUCCUACAGAACUGGAAUGCCUGCGGCUACUUCGCGAAGACAAACGUCUCAAUAGUGAUGGUCAUGCAGGCUGUGUACUCUGCCAUGGAACACAUCAAGUGCCCCGAGCAUGCAGAGUGCGUACUGCCAGCUGUGAGCCUUAUGAUGAAAAUCCAAUUUAACCAGAAAGAGGUUCUGCAGGGGUCGGCCGCAACCAACCUAGUGUAUAUUAUUAUGACGGAGCUCCUCUUUGAGACUACGCACCGUCCGGAGUUGCGUGAGACUCUGCUUAUCUGCCUGUUCCAACUGAUCUGCCAUGAGCACAUGACGGUCAGCGAGUCGAAGCUUUUUUUGGACGUGGAUUUGAGUUCGCUGAUGGUACCCAUAACCUAUGACCUUGAACUGACUGAACCGACGUCCAACGUCGCGGAGGGACUGUUGCUGGACCGUGGCAUUCAGCAGAUCCAUUUCGGUCAAGAUGCCGACCGGGCUGCCCAGCAUUUGCGUCUAAUAGUGGCGGUUUGCGCAAGCGAAAACCCAAAGAAUAUUACACUGGAAGCCGUCCAGAAACUGGACAUUAGAAAAUCGCUGAAGCUGACGGUACCCGAUCUGGCCCUGCUGCAAGCAUCGCGGAUCGGACCACAGCUGGAUCGCCAGCUCACGGCAGCCAGCAACUGCAGCAAUCACGAGGAACUCAAGCAGAUUGUGGCACUAAUCCAGACACAUUUGGUGCUGCUUCGCACUGCCGUCCCCGUGGAGGCGGGAAUCAGUCUGUGGCAAUUUAUGCACAAGUAUCUGCGCGCAGCACCGGCCAACGCAGCGGAUCGAGAGGUAUACAUGUCCGUGUCGGAACUAUGCCUGAGCUGCAUGUGCUUCGGCGUGCCGCAUGUGUGGAACGGACUCAAUCAGGCUCUGGAAAUGGAUCCACACCACAGCUUUCUGCUGCUACUGCACGAUCGCACCAUCGGCCUCGACAUGCUUGAAGUGAUCUGCCAGAUCGUUGUGGCUCUGCUAGACACACAGACGAAACAACCCGCUGAUAGCAGCUGGCACAGCAAGCUCUUUAUGCAGCUGAGUGCCGUGGCCAGGACACACUUUGAGGUGAGGCAGCUGCUGCACGUGCGCUGCCUUCUCCAAGUUCUGCAUUUUCUCAGCGAGCGCGACCUGAGGCUCAGCGAGGUUCAGCUGAUGUACUACAUUCGACACUUUUUGCAACUCUCCUCUGAUCUGAGGAGCCCCACACAGACUGGAUCUCAGUGGCAGCGGGACUGUCUGCACAUUGUGUGCCAGCUCCACGCACGUUGCAUGCCAAAUCCCGCAACGAUUGCCACACCCGGGGAUAAGGACCACAUAGCCAACAAGAUAAUUGCCUAUCUGGUGGGAAUGUGCGGACACCUGGAUGGACAAGUGCGUGCGCUGGCUUGGGUAUCGCUGGCCAAUUGGAUUGCCACUAGUGGCUCCUCGGUGGAAAGUGUCUUGGCGCCCGUGGACUUCCUGCCUGGCGGACUGCUGACCUGCUGUCUGUCCACCAUGAUGCAUGUGGGAGAAACAGUUCUGGUCAGAGAGUUGGCUGGUCGUGUGUUCGAAAUGCUGAUGCCGCAAAUGGACACGGAGAAGAUCAUCGAGCUGCUGCAGGAGCAUGACUUCCUGGAUGAUGCGUAUCGCACUUUGCCAACACUUUAUGUCGUAUCCGCGCUGCCGAAGGACGCUGAGGGAACGAAGAGCUCGUGUGGCAUAAUCGGCUGUUACGUAGCCAUCUGCUCACGUCUGGUGAGCCUCAAGGCGACUUGGUGUCUCACGCUCUGUGAGCAUCGAUUCAUGAGCUGCCUGAGCGAUGUUAUGAAGAGGAAGGUGCCACCGAAGCCGCACUUGGAUGAUUUCCUGGAGCUGUGCGCUGCCAUCAGUGAGCUCUAUGCCCUGUGCUACUCUGCCAACUUUGAGUUCCUGCAGCGCAGCAUUUGUCGCGAUUCCGCCCUGCUGCAGAGCUACCUAACGCUGCUGGAUUCUACAAUCAACUUCAGAGCGCCCGAACGCUUCGUGGCACGUUUCCUCAAGCUAUUUCUGGUCUUCUGCAGGGACACCAACGCAUAUGAAUUUUUGUUCGAGCAGCUCAACGCUCGAGCCGGUGUGUUCAUCGACAUUUUCCUCUAUGGCACGCACCAUAAGCACAAGGGAACAGCCAUGCAGCGUUACAUUCUCUCGGCUCUGGCCAUCGUGUGCCUCAAGGCACAAAAUGCACCUGAGAAUCUCAACUUUGUGCGGAAAAUGGAAGAAAGCAGCGUGACAUUGGCCCCAGCUAACGCCCAAGAUGAAAACGGUAACAAUAAGGAAAACAAUGCGAAUGCUUUGAAUAACCAACAGACGGUGAAGUCGAGUCGGAAACUGGAGCAAGACGAUGAUCCAGUUGUAUUCAAUGCUGUGGGGAUCCUCGUUCAAAAGUUGAGCAGCCUCUUCGAUCACUAUUUCCCAGCUAAGACGUUCAACUUUUUGCAACCUCCCGGAACGGGUCACAUGCAGAUUGGCGAGGCAAUCGGAGCACUGCUGAAGGUCUCGCAGGAUGCUAUGGUUGAAGCCCAGCGGCUUAAGCUGCUGGAUCGAAUUUUGGGCCUGAUCGACGGCUUCCUCAGCGACGUGGACAUUGGAAACGCCAGCACCUAUGUGAAACGCGUUGGCGCCCACAAGUUACGCGAUAUCCUGAACAAUAUGGUGGUGCUGCUCAACAUGCUGGUGCAGUGGCACAGUUCGCCUCAGUCUGUGAUCCACGAGGCCUCGGUGGCUGCCAAAUUCGUACGCGUGCUGGUCCGCAUUUGGCCCUGGCUAUCGCACUCGGCGCAUCUCAAAUGCCUGUGCGUUCAACUGGCCAUGUUCCUUACCGAGCACUCGCUCGAGAUGUGCAAGCAUAGCUCCGUGGUGCUGUCCGGACAAUCCACUUCGCUGCUCCAGCUGAUGGUGCGGGUGGCUGUCAACGAGACGCACCGGAAGGAGACCCCCGACGCCGUACCCCAUAAGACGCUGGUGUCUGCUUUGCGUGUGAUGAUGAACUGCUGUGCCUGCGGCGAGGCUCGCCUCAGUCUCUCCAAGCUGCGUGUGCUGGACACGUUUGACACGAUUCUGCCGGCCACCGCAAGUGCGGCUCAUGGCACGAAGGUCAGUUCCGCAACCUUGAACGCCUGGCUUGGCUUCUGGGAGGUCUACUCGCGCUACGAUCUCGGCUCCAAGGUCUGCCACUUGCUGGGUCUCUUCACUGCCAUCGAGCGCAGGCCACCGUUCAGCCAGGGCAGGAUGCUCUGCCUACGUAUCCUGCGCAACAUGAGCUUCUCGCCUGGAAAUCGCCUGCAACUAGUGAACAACGUCGACUUUAUUUCUAUGUUGGAUGACAUUGUCUCCCAAUCAGUCCGAAUCAUAGAUGGCGGCAGUGACCCCAGCGAAGACACGUUGGGAGAGCACCUCCUGGGGGUCCUGAUUGUGUGGAAGCUCUUCUGUUUCGUAGCCAAGUACCAGGCCAUUCUGCGGGGCACCAAAUUAAUGAAGCAUCUCUCCUGGCUCCAAGCAACACUGAAACGCUGUAAAAAGCACACAUCUACGGCAUAUUAUCAACAGUGGCCCCAUGCACAAGAGCUCGAAGAAAUACUGGAAAAACUUAUGGAGAGUAUGGAGAAGUUUUCCUAGUCCGUGUGCGUCCUACACCCAGUAUCUGGAUACAAGUGCAAAGAAAACCCAAUUACAUGUUAUCUGCAUUUUAAGUUUGAUUCGUAAAUAAUAACCUUGGACUUUGGGGGGCCAAACCCCCCGUAAAUAAUUGCAAGACACCUGUCCUGGCCUGCCAGGGGUUACUUGCUCAUUCUUAUCUGUUUUGAUUUGUCGCGUUUAUUCGAGUAAUAAAAGUCGAAUCGGUAUUCCGGUUAUUCCUAUACGAGCUGUAAAUACUUUCCACUCAGCCUCUGAGG